AUGGGCCCCGCUACUGCCAUCAGCGCGUCGCCUCAGAUGUCGCAACCCCAACUGCCGCCGCCGCCCGGCGCGUCCAAGAUCAAGCGGCCUAUUCCCCCGGGCAUCCAGACCAACGGCAUCACCACAGCCUCGCCGAACUCUGCCUCCCCUCUCAUGUCCGCCAAACGCGCCCCGUCUGCCGCUAUGGCCAACGGCUCUUCUGCUCGACCACCCCCUCCCAACGCCCUCGCAAUCGGGCCCCCUACUUGCCUGGACGCACCGGCUGUCACCCUCAACGUUCCAGUUACCGACAAAGCCUUCCUAAGGAAGCAUGCCGGCGUCCCACCGUCCUUGAUCAUACACCUCCAUCAAAAACACUGGCGUUUCGACCAACAAGACACUGUCCAGAGCCACCAGUCACCCUUCGGCCUGGCUUUUCUCCCCCACAUCCAGAGUCGGACUAUUCCUCACCAUCUCCUACGAGAGUUUCAUCAAUCAGGCGUUCCCUUCUACGACGGUUGCUUGAUCGUCCAAGUCCGCAACCAUUUGACGGCCACUCCGCCCAAGGGGCCAGCAAAGGCUGCUCCAGCUUCCAAUGCCAAUUCCAUUCACAGGUGGUCACCCUACGUCACACCGUCGCCGUAUACGCCAUACCCGAAGGAGGCUCUCCAAGAACACCAGGGCGCCCAGCCCAACGGGCUCACCAAGCAUGAAGACACAAAGGGCAAGGGCAAGGAGAAUGUUCCCAUCCAGAAUGACCAGGCUGACGGCCAGGGAAACCAAGAGUCGACCAAGCCCCAUAUCAUGACCGCUGUGCUACGCCCCACGGCAGAGAGUCUGGCUGAAGAUCUGAGAUUGGGCAUUAGCAACCCCAUGGCCAAAGCUAUGGGAAUUCCGCCCACUCCCAGCACCGCUGCACCACCAGUGCAGACACCCAUGGGGCCACCUAGUAGGAAACGUAAGGCGGACCAGAUCGAGCUGGACCCCAGGAACCUUGUGGCUGCCGAGGCCCAGAUCUUGCUUAGCACCUUGCCACCUCUCGACUUGGAACCCGCAAGAGACCCGGAGCAGCUCAUUGCAAAGCUCGAGCAGCAAACUGUGUCAGAUCCAGCUCAUUCGCAUCCCCCACCCGAACCCAAGCGACGCAAGAAGACGGAUGCCGAGCUGGCAGAAGAAGACGCCCACGCCAGGCAGAUGGAGCAGUACAUGCUUGCGUGCGACGAGAGCAGGUCAAACAGGGCCGCUGGCGCUCCUGGUGCUGGUCGUGGGUCGGAUGGUACUGGCCAAGCCACUGGCUCAGGCUUCGAGGCGCGGUUUAAUCAAUUUCAGCUUCUCGAAGAAAUCAAGGCUAGGGUGGAACAAGAGAAGGCUGAGAAGGAGGUCCAGGAGGCCGAACAGCGGCGGAUCUUGCAACAACAGGCCUUGCUCCUCGCUCAACAGAAACAGGAUCGGGACCGAAUCAACAAGGAGAACCAGAGGAAAAUGGCUAUGGCUCAGGCACAACAGCAACAGCAACAGGCGCAGCUUCAGCAACAAGCUCAGCAGCAGGCCCAACAGCAAGCCCAAGCCCAAGCCCAAGCUCAAGCUCAAGCUCAAGCCCAGGCCCAGCAACAGGCCCAGCAACAGGCCCAGCAACAGGCCCAACAACAAGCCCAACAGCAGGCUCAGCAACAACAGCAACAGCAACAGCCGACUUCGAUGGGCACACCACAUACUAUGCCUGCUACGAUGCAAAAUAGCCCUAACCUGGCUAACACCAUACCUAAUGGUGUAGCGAGGUUCUCUCAGGUAUCGCAAGGCCAAGUGUCAUCACCGAUUAUCCGGCAAAACACACCACAGAUGGCAUCGUCACCCAUGGUUAACAGCGUGGCCAUGCAAGCUUCCAACUCCAACAUGGGCGGGAGCCCAGCACGGCCUCCAAGUGUGGCUCAGAGCCAUGGUCCGAUGUCCGUUCCCAUGGCCGCCAGUAUGUCUGCGAGAGGCAGUCAACAGAGCCACGCAGCCGGAACACCCAGGAUGCCCAGCACCACCCCUAACAUGGUCCACGCAACGCCUAUGAGCCGUCCUUCGGUCGUCCCAACACCCCGCCUGCCCCAGGCCAGCCCACCACCUGGAAUGAUGCCGAACCAGCAAGGCAUCAUGAUAAACCCCCAAACGGGAAUGCCCCAGAUGAACGGUAUUCCACUCCCACAAGGCAUGAACGCUCAACAGGCUGCUCAAUAUAUUGCUGCUCAACAGAGGAUGAUGCAGCAGCGAAUGGCUGCCGCUGGAAUUCAAGGACAUGCCAACCCUAUGAUGGCUGGGCAGAUGACACAAGCCCAGCUACAACAACGGCUUGCUCAGCAACAGAUGAUGGCUGCUCGUCAGCAGCAGCAACAACAACAACCACACAUGAUGGCUCCUGGAACUCGGGAUCUCGCUGCGCAGUACUCUGCUACGCUGGCUAACAUGCAGCAACAGCAACAGCAGCAAUACAUCGGUCAGUUGCAAGGACAGAUGCGCGCGGGUAUGGUCGGUCAACCAGGCCAGGCGGGUAUGAUCAACAUGGCUGGUCUAAACCCUCAACAAGUAGCCAUGAUGCAACAGCAGAUUGCCAUGCGACAGCAACAUCAACAUCAACAGCAGCAAAUAGCUCAACACCUCCAACAUCAGCAACAAGCCGCACAACAAGGAGGCCAACCCGGCGUUUCCACCCCCGGCCAAGUCGUCGGUGUCCCCCGCCCCAACCCCGGACUGGUGGGAAUAAGCCAGCAACAAUUGGCCGCCAUCUCCUCCAACCCAGCCUUGCUACAACAGAUCAACAACGUGACUACUUCGCUAUACUCCAAAAGGCUACCUGGGUUUGCCGAGAAGUGGGGAGGUCAACCCAACAACAUCCCGCCCGACCAGAUGGAGAUGUUCAAGAGCCAGUGUCGGUCGCACGCUAAGUCUAUGGUAAUCCAGAAUUACCUGAAGGCGCAACAAACGCAAGCACAGGCUCAAGCGCAGGCGCAGAUGGCAGGACAGGGUGGUGGUGGUGGACAACACGGUCAGAUGACCCAGCAGCAGAUUCAGCAGGCCAUGGCUCAGCAGAUGAACGGUGGUGGUGGCCAGAUGGGUGGUCAGGGACAGAUGGGUGGCGGUGGUGGUAACGGUAUGGUGGCUGGGCAGAUGAACGGUAUGGCCAACCAAAUGGCCGCUCAGCAAAUGGGUCAGCAGAUGGCUGCCGCGGGAGGAAUGAAUCCUAUGGCAAUGCAGCAGUUGCAACAGCAGAUGCAGUUGCAGAUGGCUCAACAACAGGCUGCUGCUGCUCAGCAACAGCAGCAACAGCAGCAACAACAACAACAGCAACAGCAAGGUCAACAACAGCAGGGGAUGAUGGAUGUUCCUGGAGUUGAUGUAGAUGGAGAUGAGGGUGGCUAUGGUGGUCAUGGUGGUGGGCAUGGUGGUGGGCAUGGUGGUGGUUAUGGGGAAGGAGAAGGAGAUGAGCGGUAUGAGGUCCAAGAGCAAGGUCAGAAAGAGGCCCAACGGCAACAAGGCCAGGAAGAGCAGGGACAGAUGCUGCAAGAGGAGGGGAUGGUCAUGCCUCAGCAACAUGCUCAACAGGGACAACAGGCGAUGUAA